CGGGUAAUGAAAGACACGAACAAUUUUCAGGGGAACAAUGACUUAUUUCACUUUGCUCAUCAAAGUGUGUUUGCUGUGAUGGUCCCGUGGGGACACUGCUCUUCACAAACUCCCAGCCAACUGGAAAAGCCCAGAUUCCUCUCCACUCCAUAGGCUAAGACAGACCCAGGAUUUCCGCCUACCCUCGAGCUGGAAGCACUGCGCAGCCGCCAGCAGUCCCAGCCGACAAGUUAGGAGCACUGCGCCUGCGCCGGCCACCUCACAGUGCGCCCUGACCAGACUGCGCUCGAGCCGCCAUCGUCGCUGGGUUUGAACCUUCCACCCCACCGUAGCCAGAUUGCUGGUUAGGCCACUCGGUCUUUCCUUCUUUCUUUCUUUCAAGUCUCCCCGUCCCCGGCUUCAAACUGGAGUCCUUUGCAGCGGCAGGAAGAGGGAGUCCCCUCCGCAGUAUCCGAGCCGAGACUGUGGAGAUGGCAGCUCAGAAGAUCAACGAAGGGCUGGAGCAUAUCGCCAAAGCAGAGAAAUACCUGAAAACUGGUUUUUUAAAAUGGAAGCCAGAUUAUGACAGUGCGGCAACUGAAUAUGGGAAAGCAGCUGUUGCUUUUAAAAAUGCCAAACAGUUUGAUCGAGCCAAAGAUGCCUGUCUGAGAGAAGCUGCCGCACAUGAGAAUAAUAGGGCUCUUUUUCAUGCAGCCAAGGCUUAUGAACAAGCUGGCAUGAUGUUAAAGGAGAUGCAGAAAUUACCUGAAGCUGUUCAACUGAUUGAGAAAGCCAGUAUGAUGUUUCUGGAGAAUGGGACGCCUGACACAGCAGCCAUGGCCUUGGAACGGGCAGGAAAACUUAUAGAAAAUGUGAACCCUGAAAAGGCUGUACAGUUAUAUCAACAGACAGCUAAUGUGUUUGAAAAUGAAGAACGCCUAAGACAAGCAGUUGAAUUACUAGGAAAAGCCUCUCGACUUUUAGUACGAGGACGUAGAUUUGAUGAGGCUGCACUUUCCAUUCAGAAGGAAAAGAAUAUCUAUAAGGAAAUUGAAAAUUAUCCAACAUGUUAUAAGAAAACAAUUGCCCAAGUCUUAGUUCAUCUACACAGAAAUGACUAUGUAGCUGCAGAAAGAUGUGUCAGAGAGAGCUAUAGCAUACCAGGAUUCAAUGGAAGUGAAGACUGCACGGCCCUGGAACAGCUUUUAGAAGGGUACGACCAGCAAGACCAAGAUCAAGUUUCAGAGGUCUGCAAUUCUCCACUUUUUAAGUACAUGGACAAUGAUUAUGCCAAGUUGGGCUUAAGUUUGGUGGUCCCAGGAGGAGGAAUCAAGAAGAAAUCACCAGCAACACCACAGGCCAAAAGUGAAGGUGCAGAAGCCACAGCUGCUGGUGAUGAAGAAGAGGAUGAAUAUGCGGGAGGACUGUGCUAAUUAUUAACAUGCAUACUCUCAGGGUAGGGAGUGGGGGGAAAGUCUGAUGUGCUGUUUUGUGGAAGUUGAGUGUACCAAAAUUCUUAACCCUUCUCUGUAGUCCUGAAUUGGAACACCAAUAUAGAAGCUCCAUAUUUUGGGCUACCAUACCAAAAAAUUGCCUCAUUAUCCCUUACCUCGUGUGAAUCAUUAGUUUAUUGUAAAACACUUCCUUGGUAAAAGUUUGUCCAGAGUACCAGCUUAAAUUUUCUUUUAAGACAGUUGAUAAGAAAAAUGAUAACAGGCUCCUUUGAGAGCUGGCUUCUAGAGUUAAAAUUGUGGAUUUAGAAUGGCAGGUGGAAUAUUUGAAUGUCAUUUUUCCUUUUAUGAUUUUUGUAUUUCCUGGUAAAUGCUUUUCUCUUUCCUUUAUUAACUAGUAAUUGGAACUAAAAGUGACUUGUCCUGAUAGAAAGUCAGUAUCUGAUCUGCUUGUUUUUCUUGUGUGAUAUGUGUUUAUGAGGCUGUGUUGUGUGUGUGUGUGUGUGUGUGUGUGUAUGUGCAUAUACGUAUGUGUGUUUGCACAUAUACAUAUUUUAAAGGAAAUCUCAUGCUCGUGCCAUAGAAUACAUUAAAUGGUUUGGUCCUUUCAGAAAAUAAGUUUGGGAGCAGGAGACGAUUUUGAACCUUGGAAUUGUUUUUAGACUAUUGAAAUAUGUAUUUCAGAUCUCACAAGUCAAUUUGCAAAAUUUGAAGAUAACUAAGUAAAUUAUCUGACAAAUUUAUGAAGCUUUCCCUGGAUUUGAACAAGAUGAAUAGAUGCAUAUUUCAAAGAAAGCAUUGACUAAGGUUAAUAGGAACCCAUGAAAAAUCCUUUUGAAAUUGUGUUCUCUCAGGAGGGAACUGGGAAAGAAAGAGUCUCCAUCCAGCCUCUCUUAAACAAACUACCUCCCUCCCAAAGAUGCAGCUGCUGGGCUAGACAGUGCUGGAAGAAGAACUGGCCGCUGAUGAGCGUGGUGUCUGUACAGUGGAAUUUGAGAUGAGGGGGGAAGAAGCAUGUUGGAGAAAAUGAUGGGUGUAAAGCACCAUGCUUCAAAUAUUUAAGUGGCUAGUCAUUUCCUAAAUGGGGCAGCUAUGAUGCUUUCCUUUGGGGGUUUACAUAUAUUCCUUAUACACUUUUGCUUUCUUGCUUGAUGGUCAAAAGUUUUAGAAUCACCCUUUUGUGUCACAGUCCUUUCAAGUGAUCUACUUUUUGGAAAAGGGCCUUAAGACACAAGUGACAUGCAUUCUGCAGGCAGAUGCUAACCACCUUUGCUCUAUUGGUUUCCUAUUUAUUCCCUAGACAUACAUAUACUUAGAUACAUAUAUAUAAUUAUUAUUAUUAUUAUAAAUAAUUUCCUUAUUUAUGCCUGAUCUCUGAAGUAACUGUAAUGAGACAUUCCAGAAGUCACUUCUGAAAACCAGUCUCAUGACUAGUCAUGUAUGCAUUGUAGUUUGUGCAUGGUUCUGCUAGACCUCCCUGGGAGCAUUAUGAGUGGAUGAAUGAACGUAUUCUUAAGACACACACAAGUGAUUCUGUAGGAAACCUCAACAUCUUUCUAGAGUCCAUAAUAAAUCAUGUGUGUGUGUCUGUGUGUCUGUGUCUAUGGCUGUUUGUCAGUACAGAAAUGCUUAUUUUAUCUUAUUAUAAAACACUAUUAUAUUUAACAUUGUUUUUAUUUUUCAAGCCCAUUACAUCAUUCUGCAUAUGUUCUCGUAUUUUCAACAUUACGGCAAGCAUCUCAGGACUUAACUUUGGACUGUCAUCUGCAUUUGGAAUUUAGUACUGCAAGACAAAAAUGUUCACAUCUUAAGGAUUUGUUGUCUCAGUGCUGCUAAUACCACUUUGUUCUAAUCACAAGCUUCUGACAGUGUGGAGUCAUAUGUAGACCUUUCUCUGGACAAAUUAUUACCUGCCCCCAACCAAAUAUGGCUGUACUCAAGGCCAUAUAUCAGUCUAUAUUGUACCAUUCACCUACAACUUUUUUUUUUACAGCAUUGAACAUUUUAAUGUUUCUUUUCCAUUUAUACAACAAAAAGACAAAUGAGUUGGGUAUCCAGUAAUAGGAACAUAAUCAAGUCUCAGUUUUCAAAAGAAAUAUUUUGAGAUUAAUUUUUUAUGUAACUGUUCCUUUUUUCUCUUCUUAGAAUUCUCCUCUCUCCUCUACUUUUUUCCCCAAUGUUCAGAACUAAAGCACACUACCUUUGUUUAGCUAUGCGUGAAUAUUUCUGUGAUAGGGCUAUUCUAGUCUAGUAAGUAUUGAAAAACAUUUGUUUCAAAUUGAUAAUUUUUUUUGCCCUAUGAUGCAGUUUGCACCUUUAAAAUAUUUUAUCAUGGAAAUCAGGUUAAAAGUGGAAACAGUGAUGUGUUGCAAUAGGAAAAAUGUUUUCCAGAGUUCUACUUUCAUACAAAAGAAAAAGUCUGCAUGGAUGUGCUUAAAAUUCAUUAUAAUUUUCCAUUGUAAGUGAAGUCUGUCUCUGCCAUACAUUUAAUAUAUUAAAUUUGUACAUAUAUAGAAUAUGGUAUUCUUAUAGUGUGAAACUUGUGCUUCACUUGUAUUUUUCCUAACUUUGUGAUGUAUAAAUAGAGUAUUAAGUGUGUAGUAAUACAAAUUAUCACUUCUCUGGAAAGAGACUCCGUGUGUGACAAUUAUGAAAAUAAAACUUGAAGCUUUAA